AUGGCAUCGCAAUUUAAAAACCUUACAGUUAAGGUCACUCUCACAGAUGGAACUUCCAUCCAAGGUGUGGUCACAGAUGUAGCUAAUGGUCAAUUACUUCUUAGCAAUGUCUACUUCUUUUCUUCUGGUACUACUGUCCCGCUCUAUGCCAUUGGAGGAGACCAGGUCUCGGGUAUCGACGUGAUUACCCCAGAGACCCCGGCUCAACCUCCUCCUCCACAGGUAUACCAACCAGUGCCCACCCACCCUACAGGUGGUAAUGGUAAUAAUAAUGGUGAGCCUAUUCUUGCAAUGCCUCAGGCUUAUUCUCAUCCGCAGCCUAUAAUUCCUCAGGUCCAACAACAACAACAACAACCACAACAACAACAACAGCAGCAGCACAUUGUUCAACAGGGUUCUUCAGUUUCUCAGCAAACUACUCCAGCACCUGCAAUUUUUAAUGAUCCUGCAAUUCUUUCUGCUGGUCCUGCUGCUCCAUCACCUGCUCCUCCUCCUUACUCUGGAGCUAAGAUAACAACAACUGCGGAUUCUGGAAACUCCCAGAAUAAAUAUUUCCAAGUUUCUCCUCGGCCCCAAGAUGAAGACGAUGAUGAAGAUGAAGAGGAUGAUGAUGGGAAUGUAAGCUCAUCAUCAAGCUCUGUUGAUUCAAAUCCUUAUACGGCCGAUGUGGAUUUUGAGCAAGAAAACCGGUCAAAUGGAGGUAAUCACUAUGGUGGGAACAAUCACUCAGGAAGAGGAGCUGGUGGUUUUGGAACUAGACCACGCCAGUUUCUUACAGAUGGGGAUUAUAUUGAUUCUGAGUAUGGAUACCAAAGCCGUGGAGGGUAUGGAGGUAGCCCAUAUACCAAGAAUGGAUAUAGUUAUCCUGCUCUUCCUCCUCACCAGCAACAACACCAACAACAACAACAACAGCAGCAGCAGCAACAACAACAACAAGGGAAUAAACUAAUGAAACGAAACAAGGGCAAAAAAGUUUCUUCUCUCACCCAAAAGGCUUUGAAAAGCUCCAAGGCCAAGUAUGAAGGCCAAUCUUUAGGAAAACGCGGCACUCGAAAUAAACGAUCUGGAAGUGGAGGUAACAAUAACCAGCAUUUUCUUCCUAGCCAUUUGCGUACACACUCACACAUGGGAUUUGAGAGUGAUGGCUGGGCAACUGAAGAUGUUACCGAUAUUAAAGACACUGAGUUUGAUUUCCAAGCCAAUUUGGAUAGGUUCGAUAAGGCACAUGUGUUUGAUGAGAUUCGACAGCAAGACCAUACGCUUCCUGGUGAACGACUUGUGGCAUUCAACAAGAUCAAAGGUGAGUCUUCGAGAUAUCAACCUCCAGAGAAGUAUGGACAUCGUGAAAUGGUGAUUCAACAUGACCGCAAAUCGCGCUGGCAGAGUGCUGAGGAUGAUGAUGGUAAUGGUCGGGGAUCUGAUCACGCUGUAAUUGAUGAUGUGGAUGAGGCUGAUGAGGAGGACGAGGAAGAAGAAGAAGAAGAAGAAGAAGAAGAUGAUGAUGAUGUGGAUGUAGAUGACAGUGUGAGUAAUAUUUCAGCACUUUUGACGUCGUCGCCUCCACCACUUACUUCUUUACGAAGACCCUCACGACCACUCAUCUACACAGAACUUAAGUUCAUUGCGUCCAACAAUGGCAAGCAAGUGCCGUGUGCAUCACCAGUGCAAAUGGUGGAGCUGGAAAGAUUGACAUCGGAAACAUUUGGAAUUUCGGAGACAAUGCUUACGGAGAAUGCAGGCCGUGGAGUUGCUCGGUUGGCUUUACAAGCACUUGGAGGAUCAUCUCGGUUCACUUAUGGUAACCAUAACUCACGACCACUUGUUGUUGUUUUUGCUGGAAAUACACGUGCAGGUGCCAGAGCAUUAGCAGCUGCACGUCAUUUGGCUAACCGACAGGUACGUAUUGUUGCUGUUGUUGUUGGGUGUGACGAAGACCCGAGACAAUUGAGACGUGAUGACGAUGCAGCAGCAGGUGACCAGGUGAAUCCGGAGGUUCGGGUACAAAUCAAAGCGGUACAAUCAUGUCGUGGUAAGAUUGUGCGACGGUUGGAUCAGCUGAUUGCCGAAAUCAAUGGAUUGGAUUCUCCUCCUGAGUUAAUUAUUGAUGGUUUGCAAGGGUACCAGACGACUUUGGAUGACUUGUGGGAGGAUGAUGCUGCAACUGUUAUUGGGUGCAUUGAGUGGGCGAACCGACAAAAGGCUGGUGUUGUUUCUUUAGAUAUUCCUUCAGGAAUUGAUAGUGCAACAGGAAUUGGACGUAGUCGGAGUAGUAAAUGGCCUCAUGUGAAUGCACGGUGGGUUUUGUCGUGUGGGUUGCCAUUGACUGGAAUUCAGAAUGCGUACUUGUCUGGGACUGUGGCUAAGGGAGAUUGGUCGCAUUAUGUGGUGGAUGUAGGAUUUCCUCGUGGAGCAUUACAGAAGGGUCCAUUGCGGAGGUUUGGACAGAUUUGGUUUGGGGCAGAGUGGUUACAGCAGCUAGACAUUGUAGCCAAGUAA